AGGAAGCGUCCAUGGAUUCCCAGCCGCCUCACGUUCUUGCGUUUCCAUUUCCCACGCAGGGUCACAUAAACCCGAUGAUACUUCUCUGCCGCAAGCUCGCCUCCAUGGGAUUCGUCGUAACUUUCCUCAACAUUGGCAGCAAGAACAUGAGCUCCACUGCUGAUGAGCAAUUCAGGAUCAUGAGCAUCUCUGACGAGUGCCUCCCAUCUGGCCGGCUUGGAAACAAUCUCCAGAUGUAUCUCAACGCGAUGGAGGGCUUGCGGGGCGAUUUCGAGACAACCGUGGAGGAGCUCAUGGGCGAUUCGCAGCGGCCGCCUCUCACUUGUAUACUAAGUGACGCUUUCAUUGGUUGGACUCAGCAAGUGGCCAACAAGUUUGGGAUUUGCAGGGCGACUUUGUGGACGAGCUGCGCGACGUGGGCUCUCGCGUGUUUCCAUUUCUUGUCGCUCGAAAGCAAUGGCCUCCUCCCAGCAUACGGAAGUAGCAGAGUUUUGGAUUUCAUCCCUGGAAUGCCAUCUUCUUUUGCUGCGAAGUAUCUUCCUGACACGAUCCAGAACGUGGAGCCUUACGAUCCAGGCUUUCUCAAGCGCCGGCAGAGGAACGAGAUAAUGAGAAACGAUGCUUGGGUGCUCGUCAACUCCGUUCUGGAGGUGGAGGCAUCGCAGAUCGAAGAGAUCUCCAGGAGCGAGAACCCAAACUUCGUUCCAAUCGGGCCCUUACACUGUCUAAGUACGGAUGACACCCGCACCGCGCGAUUAGCAGUCGCCAGUCACUCUCCCUGGAGGCAGGAUCGAAGCUGCUUGGACUGGCUCGACCGGCAAGCUCCAAAUUCGGUGCUCUACAUCUCUUUUGGGAGCCUGGCAACCGCUUCUCACGAUCAAGUGGAAGAGAUUCUCGCCGGACUGGAUAAGAGCGGCAGUGCUUUCUUGUGGGUGGCAAGGCUGGAUCUCUUCGAAGACGACGACACCCGAGACAAGAUCGUGGCUACGGUCAGGAACAGCCAAAACAGCCUCGUCAUCCCGUGGGCUCCUCAGCUAGAGGUUCUUGAGCACAAGUCCGUGGGAGCAUUCCUCACACAUUGUGGUUGGAAUUCCAUCACGGAGGCCUUGGCCGCCGGAGUUCCAAUGUUGUGCAAGCCUUGCUUUGGAGACCAGAUCAUGAACUGUGCCUUGGUGGUGGAUCAUCUCAAAGUGGGUCUUCGUGCUACGGACGAGGAGCAGGACAAGCAAACCAGCGCUGGCCGGAUUGAAAAAGUGGUGAGGCUCGUAAUGGGGGAAAGUGGACAGGAACUGCGAAAACGAGCCAAGGAAUUGAGCGACACCGUCAAAAGAGCCGUAAAACAUGGCGGAAGCUCGUAUGCCAACAUGCAAGCUUUUGUGGAGGACAUGAAACGAAGAGCAUUGAAUAUCGAGGAAGCCAUGGAUUCUCAGGCGCCUCACGUUCUCGCGUUUCCAUUUCCGGCCCAGGGUCACAUACCUCCGAUGCUGCAUCUCUGCCGCAAGCUCUCCUCCAUGGGAUUCGUCAUAACUUUCCUCAAUAUUGGCAGCAAGAACAAAAGCAGCGCCACUGGUGACGAGAAAUUCAGGUUCAUGAGCAUCUCGGACGAGUGCCUUCCAUCUGGCCGGCUUGGAAACAAUCUCCAGAUGUAUCUCGACGCGAUGGAGGGCUUGCGGGGCGAUUUCGAGAAGACCGUGGCGGAGCUCAUGGGCGAUUCCCAGCGGCCGCCACUGACUUGUAUACUCAGUGACGUUUUCAUUGGGUGGACUCAGCAAGUGGCCAACAAGUUCGGGAUUUGCAGGGCAACUUUGUGGACGGGCUGCGCGACGCGGGGUCUCGCGUAUUGCCAUUUCUCGUUGCUCGAAAGCAAUGGCCUCCUCCCAGCACAGGGAAGUAGCAGAGUUUUGGAUUUCGUCCCCGGAAUGCCAUCUUCUUUUGCUGCGAAGUAUCUUCCCGACACGCUCCAGGUCGAGGAGCCUUACGAUCCAGGCUUUCUCAAACGCAAGCAGAGGAACGAGAUAAUGAGAAACGACGCUUGGGUGCUCGUCAACUCCGUCCUGGAGGUGGAGCCAUCGCAGAUCAAGGAGAUCUCCAGGUGCUGGAACCCAAACUUCGUUCCAAUCGGGCCAUUGUACUGUCUAUCGGACGAAACCUCGCGAUUAUCAGUCGCCGAUCACGCUCCGUGGAGGCAGGACCGAAGCUGCUUGGACUGGCUCGACCGGCAAGCUCCAAACUCGGUGCUCUACAUCUCGUUUGGGAGCCUGGCAACCGCUUCUCACGAUCAAGCGGAGGAGAUUCUCGCCGGACUGGACAAGAGCGGCAGUGCUUUCUUGUGGGUGGCGAGGCUGGAUCUCUUUGAAGACGAGGACACCCGAGAAAGGAUCUUAGCUACGGUCAGGAACAACCAAAAUUGCCUCGUCAUCCCGUGGGCUCCUCAGCUGGAGGUUCUUGAGCACAAGUCUGUGGGAGCAUUCCUCACACACUGUGGCUGGAAUUCCAUCACGGAAGCCUUGGCUACCGGCGUUCCAAUGCUGUGCAAGCCGUGCUUUGGGGACCAGAUCACGAACUGUGCCUUGGUCGUGGAUCAUCUUAAAGUGGGUCUUCGUGCCACGGUCGAGGAGCAUGACAAGCAAACCAGCGCUCACCGCAUCGAAAAAGUGGUAAGGCUCGUAAUGGGGGAAAGUGGACAGGAGCUGCGGAAAAGAGCCAAGGAGUUGAGCGACACUGUCAAAGGAGCCGUGAAACCUGGCGGAAGCUCGUAUGCCAACUUGCAAGCUUUUGUCCAGGACAUGAAACGGAGAGCAUUGAAGUGAAAAAGUUUAAUCAACUUUUGCUUGUACGAGGCUUGGUUGAUCGAGUGAAUACAAGUUUGCUAGCAGCACGUAAUGUGAUGUGA